AAAAAAUAUGCUUAUCUUUUUUUUACAAAACAAGAACAGCUUCUUCUUUCUUGUUGGGUGCAAAAACUGGCGAAAGUAACAAUAAUCUAUAAUCGUCAUUGAAAUCUUCUAUUUUCGAGGUAACCGUUCUGUUCCAAGUUCCACCCUACCUGCUAAUUCAUCUUCUAUUUCCACCGCGAGAGAAGAAAUUCCGAUAUUCGCUAUAUUUCAGAGACCCUAGACCGGCAUUCUACAAAUUGACAAUGCAGAGCAACGAUCCAGAUAAGGCUCCGGAAACGAUUAGUAAAGCAGUCGCUUCGUUACCUCCGGAGCAAAUGUUUGAAUUAUUGAAACAGAUGAAGCAAUGCGUACAGAACAAUCCGAGAGAAGCGAAUAACAUGUUAUUACAGAAUCCUCAACUGGCGUACGCUCUUUUACAGGCCUUAGUAGUGAUGCGAAUCGUAGAUCCUCAAAUUGCGUUUACAGCUUUAAAUAGCACAAACGCUACGAAUUCAACGUCAUCUAAUAAUUCAUCGGAGAAUCCAGCUCAAAUAAAUUUUUCCGCGUCGUCUAUGAUCAAUCGUGCUGCUGCUGCUACCACUAAUGACAUCAAACCUGUGCCUAAACCCGUACCUCCGGUAACAACUACCGUUUCUACUUCUGCAAAUACUCGAACUUACGUUACUCAGCCAACUCCACCUCCAGCUCCAUCGAUACCUGUUUCUGUUGUACCUCCUCCGCCACCUAUAGUUCAUGAAAAAAUUGUUCCUAAUCUUGAUAAAGUCAAAACAGAAGGAAAUAAACGUGAUCCACGAUUGCAGCAUCAAGCUGAAUCUAAAGACUCGAAAGCUGGCAUUCCUCGUAUGGUACCUCCACCGGCAGUGCCAGUUGCGCCUCCGGUAUCUGUCCCACAUCCUGCGAAUGCACCUUCUAUUACAUCAAACCCAAAUCGACCCGCUGCUCCGGUUACUUCAUCUGCCUCGGCUUCAACUGCUCAAUCAACGACUUCGAAACCUGCUGUAACUUCCAACACACCAGAUAAUGAAAAAGCUGCGCUCAUUAUGCAAGUAUUGCGUUUAACCGAUGCUCAAAUCGCGAUGUUACCUCCUGAACAACGACAGAGUAUAAUCCUACUGAAAGAACAGAUUGCUAAAUCAACUAAACGUUGAAAGUAGAUUGUUUUGAAGAAAUAUGGAACCUGGAUAGAGUAAUUUGUUGUGAAUUUUAACGAAAAUGUUUUAUAUGGCGAUAGUUUUACGUGUUUAAAUUUUAUCUUUGAAUUAAUUUAUUAGCGUAUUUUAUGUAAAUAUUUAUAAUCGAAUUAUAUACCUUUACGCUCUU